CAGCGAGUGGCUUAUGUCCCUUACAGAUCAGAGGACUAUUACAUGCGAAUGCCGCCCAAGAAAACGGAUUUCAAAGUAUUCCACAAGAUUCCGAGUUCAACUUUGUUACUGACGACUUACGACCCUUUUUAUAGCCCGUUACUGUCCCGCCUGGAUACCGUUUUCCAGCAAUUGGGUCUUGGAAGCGACAAAUCCCCAGAAACGGAAAAAUGCAGAGAAAGGUUGGUCUGCAUGAUGUACGCUAAUCCAGCCAAGUUUGCGCCAUAUAGUAACCUUGUUUCAGCACAACUUAGCAGGGAACUUAAUGAACUUCGGAAGCCGUCUAGUGAUAACCCAGAAAUCCUUCGAUUUUUCCGGUACAUGAAGGCUGCAAGGAAUGGACAAGACGGGGAGGAAUGUCUUGCCCACGUAGGCUGCCCAGCCCUUAUGGGAUCCGAAACAAAACCCGCCCUAAUUACAACCUACAAUGAAAUAAACAAACUGGUGCAAGCUCGAAAAUUGUGAUCUAUUGGGAAGGAAAUUUCAGAAAGCUAUUGCUUUUUCGAUCGAUUUA